AUGACUGACCUGUCAAACGAUGAUAUACCUGAUUGGAUUGAAGUGCCUGAAGAUGAGUCUACAAAAUUGGAUAUUUUAAACACUGUUGAAUAUGUGCAUCGAAACGGAACUGCAUUUGAAGCAAAGUUAAAUUCAGAUAAGACAAAAUUUGUUUUGCCUGGAAACAAAUAUUAUGACUACUAUUCAUUCAUUUUAGAGCGUAAAAGAAGUUCUCAAAAUGCUGAAAGUACUGAUGGAAAGGAAACUGAAAAUCGACCUCUUGAACCUUACCCUUUUGUGUUUAGCACAUAUCGGAAUGAUGUGGGCAAAAAAGACCUAGAUUUGAUCAAGGCUACGGCACAUUUUUGCGCAAUAAAUAGCGGCGUCGACUAUUUAGAGAAACUACGUGCCAAAUAUUCAUCAGAUUCGCGAUUCGCCUUUUUAAGACAUGAUCAUUCUUUAAAUCCUGUAUUAACAGAAUUCAUCAAUCAAUAUGAACAAAUAUCAGCUGGGGAAUACGGACCCUUAGCUGACAUUAAAGGGCCUAUUAAGAAAAUCUUGCUUUUCAGAGCAUUUCAAAGAGCUCAGAGUCAAGAGUUUCAAGAUGAACUUAAAUAUGAAAUGAGAGAAACAUCAAAGAGGCUCAGAAUACGAUUUUCAGCUUAUCAAUGGAACAAGUUUGAAUUAGUUGAGAGGAUAACUUUCUCAGAAGAGGAUGAAAAAGAGGGUUUACCUUCUUCUGUUGAUUUCGAGCAUUUGAAAAGGACAAAACUUACACAAGAUAUUAGUAUAUUCAAGGAAAGAAAGGAAGAUAAAACAACUACUAAAAGAAAGAGGAAAAACAUGGUUAUCAAAAAAGCAGGUGAGACUAGAUUACAACAUGAAAAAUAUCAGAAUAACUUCAAUGAACAAAAUAUUAAAUGUCCAAUUACUGGAAAACUCAUACCCGAAUCUCAAUUUGAUGAACAUUUAAGAACACUAUUAAGUGAUCCACAAUAUAAAGAAGAAAAGGAAAAGUACGAAUCGAAACAUAGACUAACAAACUUAACAACCACGGAGGUGUAUGAAAACAUUAAGAAACUAGUCUCUGAGGAAAGCUCAGUAUCUAACAAGAAACAGAAAACUAAGUAA